CCUUUAUUUUUUUUUAAUUAAUUGUAUUAUUUGGCGAAAUAUCUAAUCCACAGUUACAACAAACACUCUCGAGAGAGCUUUAUCCCCUUCCGAUGGCGUCUUCCGCCGCUGCUCCCUCCUUAUCUCUACUCUCCUUCACUUCGAAGCCUCCUCCGUCUUCCUCCGCCGCCACCACGCAGCGGCUUUUUCCUUCCUACCGAACCGACGGCGGCUUCGCGCCUCUAACACUCAAAUCCCGCCGCGGCCGUUCAAUCAUCGUCAAGGUGGACGACGUCGAUGGCGACGGCGGUGGACAAGACGAAUACGACAUGGAUGACGAGGAAGUGGAAGAAGUGGACAAUAAGAAGGACUACGACGUGGAGUACGACCCCUUGGCCGCCGCGAUGGCCGCUGCGAGCGGCGGUGCCGGUGACGGGGACAUCGCAUUUGUGAAGAGCAAGAGCUUCAUAUCGACGCAGGGAUGGGACUCGGAGAUGGUGGUGGAUUACCGGAUAAAUGAAGACGAGUUCCACAAAAUCAGCUUGCUCGACUGCGAUUUCUUUAUCAGGAAACCGCCUGAUCCUGAUAACGAUGUUUAUGAUUUCAGGGAGAUGUAUGUUACUCCUCCGGAUACAGAUAUUUACUCAAUUCCGAGAGUUCUUGCUCCAAUGCCUCAAAAGUAUAUCCGUUGUGCAAUGAGUGACUAUGGAUGUUACAAUGUCACUGAGCCGCCUAUUGAUGCUCCUCGAGAUCCACUGUACAAAUCUGAGAGGGAGAUAUCCAAGGUUUUCUUGACAAAGCAUUAUCGGAACAGAAGGUCAAACGACCCAGAAUUUGUGCUAGAUCUUGAAGAAAUCUAUGUCAUUGAUUCCAAGACAAAGUCAAUCACCAGAGCCAGAGUUCUGGUGACAGUUCCGGGAGGAAGAAAAAGGGAUAGGAAGGAUGACUUGCUUGUGAUACGCGAUAAUGGAAACUCCUUUAAAAUCAUACACGUGGGGGAAAGAGAUGACCCGACAACGGUAAUCGAAAGGGAAGAGUGGACCAAGACCCGAGAAGACAUGGAGAAACAUCUCAGAAAGCUAAGAGACUUCAGUGUCUCGAAUUGGUUCUGAAACCAAAAACGGGAGAGAAACCAGAAACAACGACAAAUCAGUGAAAUUUCUUCUUUAUCCAUAAAGGGUGUGUAUUCAUGAGAUGGCAUACGAGAGCAGGUGAUGCCGAUCAAUGAUAUGGUGGAGGAUCAAAGAUGUGUUGUUCCAUGGUAGAAAAUGUUUUUUUUUUGACCUCAGGUUCUUCACUAGUUACAGAGUCGAAUGCGUUAUUAGAUGAUAUGAGCUCUAGAACAAGUGUGUAGAUGCAACAGACUGAUGGAUUAACUAGAGAAGCUAGUUUAUGCACAUUGUUACUUAACAACUAUUUCAUUAUUUUUGCAAUUGAGGCGUUUCAAAGGUGUUUUCUCUCUUAAUAUUGUGUGUAAUGACAUGUUUGGUCUCUACAUAGAUUUACUCGUGUAUGGUUUUUAGUAGUU